AUGUAACGAUAGCCAACUAAAAAAAGUUUUUCAUCUAAUAAACGUAGUGAUUCUGGAAAUGAAAGAAAAAGAAGUGUUCAUAAUGACUCAUCUUUUAAUCAUAAAAGUGAUGAAGAUUUACGUGAUGUUGUCAGCAAAUUAUAAUUCAAAAUUUUGAAAAAAAAUGAUCAUUUAGCUAAAAUGAAAGAAGAAAUCAUCGAAUUAUAAGUUUAAUGGUAAGAAGAAAAACGAAAUUGGUAAAAUGAAAAAUGUGCACUUGAAAGAUAAUCAGACUUUUAUAAAGAUAAUAUGUAUCAAUAUUUUAUUAUCUUAGUCAUAAUGAAAGACUUAAUAAUCAAAAAUUAUAAAUUUAAAUUGAUAAACUCACACAAAUGCUAACUGAUUAAUCUAAAAUUAAAUAACAUUUUGAUACUAAUACUACUUUAGAAAAAGUAAGUGGGUAAUUAAAUUAAGAAAUUGAUUUUUUAUAAAAAGAAAAUGCAACACUUAGAACCUAAAUUACAUUAUUAGAAAAUAAAUUAUUAACAAAAGAAGAAACUAUCUCAGAAUAAUAAAUUAGAAUUUAAAAAUUAAAAAAAAAAAUGGAUUAAUAACUAUAAGUUUAAUUAGAAGAGAAAAUGAUUGAUGUUGAUAAAUAAAAAAAAAGAAGUGGAGAAAUCAAAGAAAGAGUUUCUGAAUUAGAAUUGAAACUUAAAAACUUAAGUUUAGAAAGUGAAAGAAUUAAAAAAGAUAAUAAAUUUCUUUAAUAAGAAAAUGAUUAAUUAAGAAUUCAAUAUGAAAAAUCUAGUAGAUUAAUUCCAUAAUUAGAAGACUAAAAGUAUAAUAUUUUAAUUUAACUUUUAUUAGUAAAAGAUUAGAAAUAGAAAUAAAUGAUUAUGAAUAACAAUUUGAAAAAAUGAGCAAAUAGAUAAGAGAUCUUAAUAAUUAAUUUGUAAAUGAAAAAUAAAAUGGAUAAUCUCAUAAUGAUGAACUUAAAAAAAAAAAUGCUUAAAUUGAUAAUUUAGAGCAAUAAAUUAAUGAAUAAAUAAGAUUAUUACAUGCAGAAUAAAGAUAAAAUACUUUUUUGAAAGAAGAAAUGGAAAAAUAUAAAGAUUAAUUAGAAAGAUUAUAACGAUAAUCUCAAUAAUUAACAGAUGCUUAACAUAAGGAUAUGGAUAUCUUAGAGGCUAAAAUUGAAAAAAUUAGUAAAGAAAUGAUUAAGUUAAGAGAAGAAAAUAGUAUUUUGAAAUCACAAUUAUCUAAUCAAAAAAAAGAAUAAGGUUAAUAUAUUGAUACUAUUGAUCAAUUAUAAAAAUAAUUAAGGGAUUUAAAAGGAAAAAACAAAAUCUUAGUUUAAUAACAUGAUGAUUUGGAUGCAAGAAUCAAUUAAUUAGCUUAAAUAAAGCAAUAAAAAACGACUAAAGUCAGAAUACAAGAUUCAGAUUUCAGGAAAAAAAUAGCUAAACUAGAACGCUCAGAUAGUAGUAGUUCCUUUUCUGACUGA